AUGCCGAGAUAUACUCCAAGCAAAAACUCCUACCGCCGCGACGAAAUCUACUUCAGCACUAGAGAAAUAUCCUCUAUUUUCAAAGAACUGCAAGUCAACAAGCAGGAGGAUAAAGACACCGUCAUGAAACUUCUAUGGGAAGCUCAUGAUGCUGUGAACCGAUAUGAUAACCGGUUAUUGAUGGAGUGCAGGCUUGUUCAGCAAGCUGUGAGGGAUCUCAUUCCUAGAAUGCCACGAACGAUUCAGGAACUUGAUCGGGAUUAUGCCAUUGGGAAGCUGUACAAUCUUUUAUGGCAUGUUAUAUUGAGUCGGGAGGUUGGGGUUGGAGAGAAGAGGUCUUGA